UGUGACCCACUCACCCGAUUUUACCCCUCACCGGCUGGGAGACGUGGGCUUGGGCUCGGCGGCUGGGACCAGGCGACCUUUCGGCUCGGGUGGGCCCACGGAACCCUCUCCAGUGCCGCGAGAAUAGGACCGCCCAAACGCGGAGCCUUCGCUUCGAGAAAAGGCAGGGGACGCCCCCUCACCGCCCCGUCAGGGUCGCUCACAGGCUGAGGAGAGAGAAGGCCGCUGAGGCAGAAGGCCUGGGGUCUUGCCCGGCCCCCUGCCCACGAAAGUUUCCUGUGUCAGUGCCUGUCUUUUUAGCCUCUUCGCCACAGUUUCCUUUUCUGUAAAUCGGUGUUAAUGACAUUAACCUUCUCACCAUCAGGGGUUAGUUGUGGGAGUGAUAAAUAAUUACUACCAUUUAUUUAUUGAACAAUUGCAAUGUGCCAGGCACUCUAAGUAUUUUGCUUCGAUAAUUUCCCGUCAUCUUUAAAACAACUUUAUGAGAGAGAGAGGAAGGGAAAGAGAAAGAAACAUCGAGAGGAACACCGAUGGGUUGCCUCCCCUACGCGGCCCAACCAGAGAUCAAACCUGCAACCUAGUUAUGUGCCCUGAUAGGGAAUCGAACCCACAACCUUUUGGUGUAAGGGACGACGCUCCAACCAACUGAGCCACCCAGCCAGGGCAGUGUGGACCCCGUCAGCAGCCAGGCCAUGGGACUCUCUGAUGUCACCCUUAUUGAGGGUGUGGGUAAUGAGGUGACUGUGGUGGCAGGUGUGGUGGUGCUGAUUCUAGCCUUGGUCCUAGCUUGGCUUUCUACCUACGUAGCAGACAGCAGUAGCAACCAGCUCCUAAGCACUAUUGUGUCAGCUGGCGACACAUCCGUCCUCCACCUGGGGCAUGUGGACCAUCUGGUGGCAGGCCAAGGCACCCCAGAGCCAAAUGAACUCCCCCAUCCAUCAGACGGUAAUGAUGAGAAGGCUGAAGAGGCUGGAGAAGGUGGUAGAGACUCUACAGGGGAUCCUGGAGCUGGAGGUGGUAUUGAGCCCAGCCUUGAGCAUCUGCUUGACAUCCAAGGCCUGCCCAAAAGACAAGUGGACCCAGAGAGCAGCGGUCCAGAAGCCCCUCUGAGAUCUGAGGAUAGCACCUGCCUGCCUCCCAGCCCUGGCCUCAUCAAUGUGCGGCUCAAAUUCCUCAAUGACACAGAGGAGCUGGCUGUGGCCAGGCCAGAAGAUACUGUGGGUACACUAAAGAGUAAAUACUUCCCUGGACAAGAGAGCCAGAUGAAACUGAUCUACCAGGGCCGCCUACUGCAGGACCCAGGCCGCACACUUCGUUCCCUGAACAUUACCAACAACUGUGUGAUUCACUGCCACCACUCACCUCCAGGGUCAGCUGUUCCAGGCCCCUCAGCCUCCCUGGCCUCCUCAGUCACUGAGCCCCCCAGCCUCGGUGUCAGUGUGGGCAGCCUCAUGGUGCCUGUGUUUGUGGUGCUGUUGGGUGUGGUCUGGUACUUCCGUAUCAAUUACCGCCAGUUCUUCACAGCACCUGCCACUGUCUCCCUGGUUGGGGUCACUGUCUUCUUCAGCUUCCUAGUAUUUGGGAUGUAUGGACGAUAAGGACAUAGGGAGAAAAAUGAAAGGCACGGUCUUCCUCCUUAUAGCCUCCCCCUUUCCUGGCCAGAGCUGGGCCCAAUGGCCUGGGAGGGAGGGAUGGAAAGGAUAUGGUGGGUUCUCUUCCAUAGGACCAAGGGUCCCGAGGCCGGUAUGGGGCCUCCCCUUCAUGUCCACGAGGGUAGACAUCCCCUCUGUGCAAGCACAACUCAGGUAGAAACGAGGAUGUCAUCUUCCUUCUUUUUAGGGUCCUGAAGUUCAGAGCCACCCUGGUGGCCCAGCUCAGUGGGGAGCCUGGGCUCUGAGGAUUUUCUCCUGUGACCCUAACUCUUCCCAUUGUCCUGCAUGUUUGUUCCUCAGCAUUCAGGGCCGCCUGCCAGGGCAGUGUAGCAUGGCCCCAGCAUAAUUCUGUAGGAAGCCUGGAGUAUCUUCCAAUUCCUUAGUGGAAUAUCCAUCUUUUGACUGAAAUCACAGGCAGGAAUGAAGGUUGUCAGCUUGUCCUAUAGGCACCUAGCUGCCGUCUCCCUUCCCUCUUUACCCCUGUAGCAGGAAUAGAGUGUUCUCCAUGUUCUGGACAGUUUCCAGUGGUUUUUUUCAAAGCACUUUGCUUGCAUUCUUUUUUUUUUUUUUUUUAAUAGUCCUUUAUAGAGCUCUGUCAGGAAGGGGAUUGGGGCACAAAGCCAAGCCCCCAGCAUUGGGAGAGGCCAGGCCACAGCUGCUGCUACCCUAGGCCUAAGGGUGUAAGCAAGAAACAGCUCUGGCUCUCAGCCAGUGACCUGCACUGCCCAGCUCCAAGGAGCUCUGGGUAUGGAGCACUAUGCCCCAGGCCCUUGUCUCUGGGGCUGUUGGAUGGAGGGCCAGUGUCUGUGACUGAAUAAAGUUCCAUUUUGUGGC